AAUACAUGCUGCCUUCGUAUUUACUUCCGGUUCGCUGUCUGAGUAAUGGCUGCCAAUUGUCAGGCAGGCAGUAUGCUGCAAUUCAUGAAACUCAUUGGACAGUUAAAACGCGUUCCACGGACAGGCUGGGUGUACAGGAAUGUGAAACAACCGGAAAGUGUAUCAGAUCACAUGUACAGAAUGUCGAUGAUGGCUUUAACAAUCACAGACCGCAACAUCAACAGGGACAGAUGCAUGAAGUUGGCUUUGGUCCAUGACAUGGCAGAGUGUAUCGUGGGUGAUAUUGCUCCAGCAGAUAACAUCAGCAAAACGGAGAAGCAUAGAAGGGAAGAGGAGGCUAUGAAACACCUGACCGGGCUGCUACAGGAAGAUUUGAGGAAAGAAAUUUACGAACUGUGGACAGAAUACGAGCAGCAGUCGAGCCCGGAGGCCAGGCUGGUGAAGGAGCUGGACCAGCUGGAGAUGAUCCUGCAGGCCCACGAGUACGAGGAGCUGGAGCACACCCCUGGCAGGUUGCAGGAGUUUUUCGACUCCACUCAAGGCCGAUUCCACCACCCCGAAGUCCUCCAGUUGGUGAAGAGUUUGAAUGAGGAGAGAGCUGGUCAUAUAGCCACAGGGAGUAAGAGCUCUUCUGAAGGUUGCCAGACCACAGACAAUCAGUCUAACAGACCGGCUGGCACUUCUUGACCUCCAGGCCCAUCCUCCGUGUUCGUCAGUGGAAGGGAGGCCAUUUUAUUUGUUUGUUUAUGUUUUUCAUGCAGCAAGCCACUCAUAACUGCCCCACACAGUUUCAUAAUGUGGGUUCCUUUGGCCAGUCAGAGUGACUGUUGAGUAAAAAUGGCUGAAUUUGAAAACUGCUCCCCGAAUCAGCAGGAUAAUAUGAAACGUCUGAGUAUGGCAGUUCAUGUGCUACCUCCUUUUAUUUUGUAUAUAUUUUAUUGUUACAUGAGGUCAGCAGUUCCUCUAAAGACCAGCCUGUGUGCUCUCAUUUUUGUAUACCGGUUCAAGUUAUACUCUUGUACACAAAUGUGUGUAAGUGCAGACUGCCAAUGUUAGCUCUGACAUUAACAUAUAGGCCUAUGUCAAGCAUUGUUCUGAAAUGUACUAGUAGUAUUAAACAAUGUGUGAAUAAAGAACAACAGAUCCCAAUUUA